AUGGAGAGAAGCUGUUUCUGGAGGACUCGGACGCUGUUAAUCGUGAUUUCAAUCAGUUUCGCUCUUACAAAAGGAAACGGGCUCGUGAGAAAGGAGGAUAUCGAAUACAGUCUGGAAAGCAUCCACGAUGUAGCAAUCGCUAGCCUAGGGGAUCUGUGCGUGACGAAGCAGUUCAACUCUCUAACGGUUCCUCUAAAUACGCUGAGGUUCGAAUCUAUUAGACAGAAGGCGGAUCUAGCGGCAACAUUGCUGCAAGAUCUCGGAGUUGCUCAUCAUAAUGGUUUGCAAGACGCUAUAUCAAAAAACCUCGUCAUAGCAGCCAAGACAGUAUUGUCAGCGCGCAUUUUGGCUAUUAACGCUUCCACUGGAUCAUUGAUUAACUGCGCUUGGUGGCAGAAGCAAGGUUUGGACAUUGGGGAGCCUAAAAAGUUAUCAGAAACCGGCAUGGAGAUUGGCCAUCGUCCUAACACCGAAUAUCCUUGGUAUGAAGAUGCUGAUUCCAGUCCCGGAGUGAGGUCUCCGAAAUUUAUAGACAGUCCUCCAAAUGUCGCUUAUAAAGGAUGGUGGACCUAUCCUUAUUACUCUUGUCUUAACAGAAAAUGGUUGAUAUCCUACAGUGUUCCGAUACCUCCACCUGGUCGAAGAGGACUGAAAGGAUUCCUCAGCCUCGACGUGGACGUUUCUCAUUUGGAAAUUAAUCAGUGCGAACAGCAUAGAUACCAUAAUGCGAAUAAUGAAAUAGCAAUCUUCUACGGGUCGCACAAAUGUGACAAUAUCACAACACAGUGUAUCUAUCGCCAGUCCUUGAACAAGGAAUCUUGGACAAGAGGUAAAUAUCAAUGUGUCUGUAGACCAGGCUUCUAUUCCGAAUACCACGAUGGCAUCUUCAAUGGCACACUAGUAGAAAUUGCUUGGUCGGAGUAUUUAAGAAACAGCAGCGAUUCUUGGGAAACGAUCUUCCAAUGUAAACCAUGCGCUCCAGGAUGCCAUUUCUGUAAAGAUGAAUCACCGUGCUUAGCUACAUAUCAUUGGCCGUUCAGGAUGGCUUUGUUAACAUUUUCAAUCGUUUGUGUGAUCUGGACCAUAAUUUUAAUUAUCUACAUGUACAAACACAGAAAACUGAAAGUCUUCAAAGUAGCCAGUCCCAUCUUCCUUAGUAUUACCCUCUUAGGCUGUGCUACCAUGUAUUUAGAGAUGGCUGCAAUCUUUCCAAUUCUAGAUCAGUAUUCUUGCAUAGCUACCAAAUGGGCGAGGCAUUUGGGAUUUUGUGUCACUUAUACAGCUCUUUUAAUGAAAACCUGGAGGGUGUCAUUAACGUACCGCGUAAAAUCCGCUCAUAAAGUAAAAUUGACUGACAAGCAACUGCUACAAUGGAUGGUGCCUAUUUUGUUGGUUAUGUUGAUAUAUUUGGGUACGUGGACCUUAUCAGAUACGCCGAACGCUGAAGACAUCGUUGAUAACAAUGAUUUAAGGUUCAAACAAUGCGUGUACAAUUGGUGGGAUCAUAGUUUGGCCAUAGGUGAAGUAUUAUUUUUGGCGUGGGGUAUCAGAGUUUGCUACAACGUACGAAAUGCUGAAUCUUUGUACAAUGAAGCGAGGUUGAUCAGUUACGCCAUCUACAACAUCGCCAUCGUCAACAUCAUGAUGAUCGCCUUUCAUUUGUUUAUAUUCCCAAGAGCUGGACCAGACAUCAAAUAUUUGCUGGGUUUCAUCAGAACGCAGCUAUCUACAAGUACAACAAUAGCGUUGGUGUUUGGACCAAAGAUUAUAAGAGUGUUGAGAGGACAAGGCGAUCAGUGGGACAACAGAGCUAGGUCGCGUGGUGUGACGGCUUCGUUUUCUUUAAACGGUAUUGGUCUGGUUCCUGAAGAGGCUCCGGAUCUCUUCCAAGAGAACGAAGAACUCAAGGAAGAAAUACAAAAACUAGCAGCCCAAAUAGAAUUCAUGAAAAUCGUCCAUAUGGAGAGCAACAACCGGCACGUCAAACCAAAAAGCGGGGGCUACUUUUCGGCCCAAAACGCCCCCAACGUAGUCCACAGUCCUCUUACCAAACAAGGCUACAUCCUCGGCCAGCCGGCCAGACCUCCGGAAGAACUGUGA